CAGCCCCGGGUGGGGGGCCCGGCCUGGCCCCUCGCCCUGCCCGGACGGCCGUACGGCUCCGACCCGCGGGAGGGGGCGGAGAGAGCACCCUAGUCCCCGCCGUCCGCGCCCCCAAAGCGCGUGACCCCGUCUCCUCUGGCCCGGACCCCCCCCUCCUUCCCCUUGACGCCACCACCACGUGCGAAGCCUGAGCCCGGGCAGGGGAGGGGGGAGCUGGUGGGAUCCGGCCCCCUCCCUCCCGCUCCCUACCUCCCGGGCGGGAGACCCAGCCCCCCCGGGCCUGGGAGCCUGGCUGGGGGCUGAGCCGAGCGGAGGUCCGGGUGCCCCCCCCAGGGCCCGGGCCUCUGCGGGUUCUGGAAGGCGCUGCCCGGGCGGGCUGGCUGGCGGGGGCGCACGGUGGGCCGCGGCGGGAGGUUGCUGUCCACCCGGGCCCGGGCACCCAGUCGGCGCCCACUAAAUGUUGGCGGAAUGCAGCCAGGAGUUGGCGGCGAGGCGGGGGGAGGCAGCAACUCCUCUCCCCCCUAGCCAGGCGGCGGAAGUCACAGAGGUGCUGGUGCCCCUGCCACCCGCGGCACCCACCUGGCUCACCCAUGGGUGGCGGGCUCGGUGGGCCCCCCCACCUCCCUGCCAGCUGCCUCCGGAGAGGGCGUCGGGAUUCCGUGUCAGCCCCCCCGCCCCAACCUCAGAACUGGACCAGGGCGUAACCCUGAGCGUGCCGCUCCCACACUGGGGGUGCCUCCCCACCACCGACCGAUCACUUCCUAUUGGCAAGCUGGUCUGGGAGAGGUCCCGGGGAGGCCAGGCCUAGGCCCAGCCCUGCUGCUGCCAGGGCCUGAGGGCUUCAGGCCGGGGGCGUUUGUCCCCGAGGGCCACCCCCUAUGGGGCCCCGAGAGCACCUAUCGGCGGGGCCGGGGCCUCUGUUUACCACCAGCCAUCGCUGUGGAGACAGAGCCUGGGGGAGAAGGGGGGGCGGGAGCCGGCCGCUGGAAAAGCGAAGUCUAAGGAAGGAAAGAAGAGCCAACCGGGACACUGAAAUUUUAAUUCGUGGGUCAGUCCGGGGGGUAUUUAUUAUUCAGUUCCGAUUGGCUGCGUGGCGGCCAGUCAGCACCCGGGCCCGGGCGGGCAGCCACGCAUCGGCAGAGGCCCGCGGGCGGCCGCAGGCAGUGGAUGGGUCCUUUGCUCUGUGUGGGAGACUGAGGCGCGGCCGAGGCAGAGCCCAGCCUGGGGCCUGGUCGGGAAGGUUCCCUGGGGCGAUCACAAAUCCCUGCUGGGUGUUUGUUUGUUUUUUUCCUUUUCUUUCCUUGAGUCCCUCUGACCUAUAGUUGGGUCCACCUGGUGGCAGAUCCCUGUUGCCAUGUGAGGAGGAAACUAAGGCAGGGAGGGGAGGUCGAAUGUGAGCUUGGAAACUCCAGAGGUUAGAGCAAGCCUCGGAGCAGGUGCCAGUGCUGGGCAGGGGAGACUGAGGCAUAGGGGGAAGCAGAAAGCGGCCCAAGGUCACUCAGGUGGAGUCAGAGCUGCCCCCUGUGCUCCAUCCUUCCAGCUCGGGGCCUGUCCAAAGUCCCCUCCCCCCCGUGUGGUGGCCCAGGGGCGCCUGCCCACCUGUCUUUGAGCAGGGCCGGAGGUUGGCAGUAGAGACUCAGCUGCAGGCACCUGCCUGCAAAUGGAGCAUCACCGAGGCAUAUUAAACCCUGUGUCCGAAGAUGACAUUGAGGCUCAGAGAGGGCCAGCAUGGCUCCCAAGGUCACACAGCACAAGCCACAGCCCUCUCGCCUCCCUGCCUCACUGGGCAGGCCCUUGCUGGCGCACGUGCAAACGAGGCCCCUCUCCAAUCCUGCCGAGCCACAAACUCGUCUCGCCUUGGUCCUCAGAGGUCUCGGCGCGGAAGAUGGCCGGCGGCGUGGACGGCCCCAUCGGGAUCCCGUUCCCCGACCACAGCAGCGACAUCCUGAGUGGGCUGAACGAGCAGCGGACGCAGGGCCUGCUGUGUGACGUGGUGAUCCUGGUGGAGGGCCGCGAGUUCCCCACGCACCGCUCGGUGCUGGCCGCCUGCAGCCAGUACUUCAAGAAGCUGUUCACGUCGGGCGCCGUGGUGGACCAGCAGAACGUGUACGAGAUUGACUUCGUCAGCGCCGAGGCGCUCACCGCGCUCAUGGACUUCGCCUACACGGCCACGCUUACCGUCAGCACAGCCAACGUGGGUGACAUCCUCAGCGCCGCCCGCCUGCUGGAGAUCCCCGCGGUGAGCCACGUGUGCGCCGACCUCCUGGACCGGCAGAUCCUGGCGGCCGACACCGGCGGCGACGCCGGGCAGCUGGACCUUGUAGAUCAAAUUGAUCAGCGCAACCUCCUCCGCGCCAAGGAGUACCUCGAGUUCUUCCAGAGCAACCCCAUGAACAGCCUGCCCCCCGCGGCCGCCGCCGCCGCCGCCAGCUUCCCGUGGUCCGCCUUUGGGGCGUCCGAUGAUGACCUGGAUGCCACCAAGGAGGCCGUGGCCGCCGCUGUGGCCGCCGUGGCCGCGGGCGACUGCAACGGCUUAGACUUCUAUGGGCCGGGCCCCCCGGCCGAGCGGCCCCCGACGGGGGACGGGGACGAGGGCGACAGCAACCCGGGUCUGUGGCCAGAGCGGGAUGAGGACGCCCCCACCGGGGGUCUCUUUCCGCCGCCCGUGGCCCCACCGGCCGCCACUCAGAACGGCCACUAUGGCCGGGGCGGAGAGGAGGAGGCCGCCUCGCUGUCGGAGGCGGCCCCCGAGCCGGGCGACUCUCCGGGCUUCCUGUCGGGAGCGGCCGAGGGCGAGGAUGGGGACGGGCCCGACGUGGACGGGCUGGCGGCCAGCACACUGCUGCAGCAGAUGAUGUCGUCGGUGGGCCGGGCGGGGGCCGCGGCGGGGGACAGCGACGAGGAGUCGCGGGCCGACGACAAGGGCGUCAUGGACUACUACCUGAAGUACUUCAGCGGCGCCCACGACGGCGACGUCUACCCGGCCUGGUCGCAGAAGGUGGAGAAGAAGAUUCGAGCCAAGGCCUUCCAGAAGUGCCCCAUCUGCGAGAAGGUCAUCCAGGGCGCCGGCAAGCUGCCGCGACACAUCCGCACCCACACGGGCGAGAAGCCCUACGAGUGCAACAUCUGCAAGGUCCGCUUCACCAGGCAGGACAAGCUGAAGGUGCACAUGCGGAAGCACACGGGCGAGAAGCCGUACCUGUGCCAGCAGUGCGGCGCCGCCUUUGCCCACAACUACGACCUGAAGAACCACAUGCGCGUGCACACGGGCCUGCGCCCCUACCAGUGCGACAGCUGCUGCAAGACCUUCGUCCGCUCCGACCACCUGCACAGACACCUCAAGAAAGACGGCUGCAACGGCGUCCCCUCGCGCCGCGGCCGCAAGCCCCGCGUCCGGGGCGGGGGGCCCGACCCCAGCCCGGGGGCCACCGCGACCCCCGGCGCCCCCGCCCAGCCCAGCUCCCCCGACGCCCGGCGCAACGGCCAGGAGAAGCACUUUAAGGACGAGGACGAGGACGAGGACGUGGCCAGCCCCGACGGCUUGGGCCGGUUGAAUGUAGCGGGCGCCGGUGGAGGAGGUGACAGCGGAGGUGGCCCCGGGGCCGCCACCGACGGUAACUUCACAGCCGGACUCGCCUAAAAACCAAAAAGAGAAAACAGAAACCCGAGAAAGAGAGAGACAGAGAGAGAGAAAAAAAAUCACCCACCACCCCCCCAAAAACACAAAAAAAGAAAAUCUAUCUAUAUACAGAUAUCUAUAUCUAUAUAUAUAUAUACAGAUAUAUAUAUAUGACGCGUCACAGAAUCUAGGGUAGCGCUUUCUCAGAUUUCCCUCCUUUCUGACGUUUUUCUCCCUCCGCAGGGGCCCCGGCCCUCCCUGGCUCCCCUUCCCCCCCACCACCCCAUCGCCGGGUUUCGGGGCUUGGUUUGGGGUUUUUUGUAGGACACAAGGAAUCCGAGACCCCGCACAGCCCCCUGGGCACCCGGCAUGGGGCCUGGGGCCCGAUCCGAGGCUCUGGGCUGGGGGGAGGGUAGACGUGGGGGGGCUGGGGGGGGGACUGGGGUGGGCUUUUAAUUUCCUCCCCUCGCUGGUUUCUAUGAGUCUUUCAGACAAGACCUUAAAUGAUUUCUGUCUGCUCUGAGCGGACGUUAAAAUGGGCCCCCGUCCCCCGACCCGCACCCUCCUUCCUCAGGGCACUUACUAAGGGAGGGGUCUCCCUCUCCAUCUCCCCAAUGGCCUCCCCGCCUCCAACCCUGCCUGCGGCCUCCCCUCCUCGCCCACCCCACGUCUCCUGGCCACUAAGACACAAACCUAUUUAUUUCUAGGCCUGGAGAAAGGAGAUCGGACUGGGGUUCCCGGUGGGGCGCCAGGAUGGCCCCUGGGGGGGCUCCUGCCGCCUUCCUUCACGGCACUUACAACCGGCGGGACCCCCAGGGACCACCCCUCAGGGCGCCCCCCACCCCCGCCCGGUCCACCUAGACCCCCACGUUUGGAGAUUCAAAACUUCUGUCUUCGUCCUCUCCCCCGAGCCCCCUCUCCCAAAUUUUUAAAGCACUUUUUAGAUUUUUUUUUCUCUUUCCUCCUUAAAAACAAAAUUUAUAUAUAGAUAUAUAUAUAUAUAUAAAUAAUAUACUUUUCCUCAGAGGAGCAGGCAACAGUGUGGGAUAAACAGAGUCAUGAUCAGAGGAAGCCCAGGGUCUGGUGAUGGCAGGGAUGGGGGGAGAGAGAGAAAAUCCACAAGUUCCAAUGUCACAAAAGCAAUAAAACAAACUAGAAAAAAAAAAGGUUUUACAAAAUGAAAGGAAGGAAAAAAAAAAGGCAACCAACCACAUUAGAAGUCUUGGCACUUUGUAACGGAACGGGUACUACACUUUAUCUUAAUUCUUAAUUUAAAAACAUGUUUACAAGUUACAACCAACUUCUAUGAAAAGUUGAAAAGACAAAAAAAAAAAAAAGCGAGCGAGAGAGAGCGAGAGAGAGAGCGAGAGCAGAAGAAAUUCCUAAAAGUCGAUUUAUUUUUGUACAAAAUAAUAAAAAAAAAAACCCACCACAAACGUAGAAUCCACUUCUGUUCCCCAAAAAGCGAGAAGGGGGGUUCAGGAGGAAGCCAUCGCAGGGGACCUGGGAGACGCCCCGAGGUGUUUGUGCUUCACCCCUGGACGUCAGCCUCGAAGGCAGGACUGUGGGGUGUUCGUGCUGUGUUCCCCCCGCCCCCCCUUUCUGUCCCCUUUUUUGGUUCUGACGUGAAGAGGUCUUAGCAUCCGCUUCUGUCCACGGGGUCUCUCCUUCCUCCUCCCUAGCUCAGGGAUGGGCCUUCCAGCCGGAGCACCCCGAUCCCCAACCGGCACCCCCCAAUCCCCCAGCACGCCUAUCCUCCCGCAUGGCCACCAAGGAGCUGGACCUUGGAUGCGCCUGCCCUGUUGAGGUGGGUGACAGGGGCCCCCCACCUCCAGGGCCUUAGAACCACCGCCCCCCUCCCCACCCCAGGCACCCCUCUUUUUACUCAAAGGCACUGACUGUAAUCCAGGGGGACUGGGACCUGCCUCCCCCCAACCUCUGGCUCCCACAAGGCCCGGUGUUGACCGAGCCACAGGCCACGGACAGGGGCCAGGGUUGGUGAGACUAUGUCGCCAGAUGCCAGGACGCCCUCACCCCUUUUGCAUAUGCAAUGCCUAGCAUGGGACCCCGAAAAUAGACGCUGUGCUGCACUGAGACUUCUUGUCAAUGCCCAACCAGGGGGGAGUGUCUCCCUGCCCCCGACCCCCCCAUACCCCCUUCUCUGUGACACACACAUCUUCUCGUCUCUUUUUCUUUCAUUGUUAAAGGGAAGCUUUUUAAGAAGGCGAUUUUCAUAUUGUUUCUACAGGAUGGUUUUGGUUCCCUUCCCUUCCCACCCCCCCUUAGGCCUGUCAGCCCCCUCCAAAUGUCUCAGGAUCCCCCCUCUCCCCUGGGGCUGGGUGACAGCACCCCGGCUGCGUUCACACCCCAGUGUCACAGGGCGAGCUGUUCUGGAGAGAACUAUCUGUCGUGGCUGAGCAGGGAGCUUGAACACCCAGGCCAGGGACACCCCUCCCCAGCUCCCAGAGAGGCCCCCUGAGGGGUGAGCCCUCGUUCCACCUUCCCCUAUCCAUGCACCCCCUCGCAAUAAAACCAACUCUAAAAUCACAGCUGUCGUCCUAGCCAGUGGGGGCGACCGGACUUGGGGGGUGGAGCCCUCUGGGACUUCCGUAGGAACAAGGGCUGCGGCCCACCGCGACACUUAAACAGACCUCGGGGAUUGCACUAAACCCUCGUUCCUAGCUCCGCACUCAGCUUCGCCUGUCCUGCCCGCCCACUUUGCCUUAACUGCCCGCCCGUCCUGGGGGCCACAGCCUCUGCAUGGGCCCAGAGCCGGGACCCCCCAGCCCAGCCCCGCCCUCCCCAGACUCCGCGCAAUCACAUACUGUAUAUAGACGUGAAUCGAUUUUAUUUUUAUUCUUUAAAUUAAGGUCGUGAUAAAGUGUUGCCAAAGAUACCUGCUGAAUUCUCGCGUUUCAGGAAACAAACAAACAAAAAAAAAUGAUAUUUGAGGAGGGUCGUGUUGACUCCAUAAGAAAAGGACACAGCUCAAAGCUUUUUUGUUUGGUUGUUUGGGGUUUUUUUGUGUUUUCUUUUUUUGGGUGUUUUUUUUUUUUAACUGCCUGGUACAAAAAAAAAAAAAAGAAAAAAAAAAGAGAAACAAUGCGAAAUUGUUAUUUCCAUUCUCAUGGUGAAGUUGCGUGGACGCGUGUGUGCGUGUGUGCAAGAGAGCGGGAGUGAGGUCCAGGCUGGGGUUGGGGGGCUUCAGGCGGGGCGCCCGGGGGCCGGGGAGGUGGCCGGGCCGGAGCCCCUGUCUGCAGUGGCCCCCAGCCUGCCGGGCCCGAGAGAGAGAGAAGCAUCUUUGCUACUAGCUGUUGCUGCUACCUGCCUCUGCCCCCCGACACCCCCCAACCUUUUGAGA